AUGAGAUUUGCUUUACCAGUAGCCCUGUUGGCGACCGUUGCGGCCGCCUACAACCACAUUGUCGAUCAGACUACUUGCGGGGGCACCACAUACCAGUAUACCGGCCUCCAAGGCUAUGGUUCUAUUCCAUCAAAUGCCAGAGACAAAUAUGGCGAUACAAUCGGAGGUAUAGGUAGCUCUAUCGCUAUUGAGAAAUCCUCCUGGCGCAAACUAUCCCACGACGUAUACUCCGGAAUACUCUACGCGAUUCCAGACCAAGGCUGGAACACCAAUGGAACCUUGAAUUUCCACCCGCGCAUCCAAAAGUUUCAAAUCACCUUGAAACUAGCCCCCAAAGCCUCCGCCCAGAACCCUUCCAAGCCAAACCUCAACCUGAAUUAUCUGGACACAAUUCUUCUCUAUGGCCCAGAUGGCCAACCAACAACCGGCCUGGAUGCCGACGUCACCGGCAGCUUCUCCUAUCCCGGCUUCCCCGAAAUGCCCGUAGCAACCUACACGGGCGACGGAUUCGGCGGCGAAGGCGCAGGCGGACGCCGAAUCGCCAUAGACCCUGAAGGCCUCGCGCUGGCCACGGACGGCGGGUUCUGGAUUUCCGAUGAGUACGGCCCAUACGUGUACAAGUUUAAUUCAAAGGGACGCAUGGAGCACGCCAUCCAGCCUCCGCAAGCCAUCCUACCCCGACGCAACAAUACCGUCAGUUUCAGUUCGGACUCGGCACCGACCUACGAUCCCUCUAAUGUGCCGCAUCCCAAAGACACGGUGACCGGCCGUGCUAAUAGCCAGGGCCUUGAGGGCUUGACUACCUCGGCUGAUGGGAAGACGUUAUAUACGCUUAUGCAAUCUGCGCUUGAUCAGGAGGGUGGACCUAAGCUACAGAAUAAGCAGCCCGCGCGUUUGCUUGCUUAUGAUAUCUCGGGUCGGGUGCCAAGGUAUAUUCAUGAAUGGGUGGUUAUGUUACCCAAGUAUCUUGAUUAUACGGAGACUAAGGCCGGUAAAGAGUGGAAGGUUGCUGCUCAGUCGGAGAUCCAUCAGCUGCCUACUGGAGAUUUCUUAGUCCUGUCGCGGGACUCAGAUUUUGGGCAUGGGCAGAGCGAGUCAAGGUCAGUUUAUCGACAUGCGGAUGUGUUCUCUAUGCUGGGAAACUCGUCUAUUACGGAUUUAAAAGGGUUGAAGAAUUAUGAUACCGCUACUGGAGCUAUUGCUUCAUCCAAAGGCGUUUUGAAGUCGGGUAUUAUUCCGGUUGAGUACUGCUCAUUCCUGGAUUAUAAUGUGAAUUCUGAGCUGGCGAAGUUUGGGCUUCAUAAUGGUGGUGAUCAAGACGAGAAUCUUCUGAACGAGAAGUGGGAGAGUUUGGCACUUGUGCCUGUUGAUCCGCAGGAUAGCAAUGGGAGGGGCAAAAAGGAGUACUUCCUGUUCAGUAUGAAUGAUAAUGACUUUAUUACUCAAGAUGGGUACAUGAAUGGUGGAAAGUUUGCCUACAAGGACUCGUCUGGGUUUAACCUGGAUACCCAGGUCCUGGUGUUCAAGGUUGAGUUUUAA